GUAAAACUCUGUAAAUUGGGUUUCUAUACUCUCAGAAUCUAGUGUCAUCUCUGCACAGCUCUGAGGAAAAUCUUACAAGUGACGGGGUGUUCCGGCCGUGAUGGAGCAACGUUGUGGAUUUUCGCCACCGUUUGUGAGGAAGCAGGCCGCGAGCACCAGUGCCCCAUCCCUGCCGCUGUCUGAGGGACCCUCAUCACCCAGGCUGUUACAGGGCCUGCCAUGGCGAGGUUUGAGGUUGGGACAAUGCCCCCUCAGUCCCAUUCUGAAGCGCAAGUUCACUGUCAGCUGCCUCACUCAGCGCAGUGCCAGCCGACACCCUGGGCCCGCUUUCAAGGAAAAGGCCUCGCCCAGUCGACCCCCGAACCCGACCCCGCCCAACAGCUCGCCCCCGAGCCGGGCCAAGUGCCCGACGCGGUCUCCGAGCCCCCCGCAACGGGAGACAGUUGGCCGAUCACUUUGUGGCCAACCCCCCAACGGGGGAGCGCCCAGCUCUGUGCUCGGGUACAAGGAUCUCACCGUUAGGGAUGCGCGGAGGCGAGACAUGGACCUGGACGAGCUGUUGAAGAAAGCCUCGGCCUUCUUGCGUCACAACCCGGUCGGGCGCGUGGACCCGCACGUGGCCUUGAAGCUUCAUCCUGUGCAGACGGUCACCAUCUCCGAACAACGUACGGAGAUCUCCCAGCAGGCCGACAAUUCAGAUGGCCACUCGGAUGGGCUACCCAUGGUUUUGGAAUGCCUAAACUCUCAUUUCUGGUUGGGUUCUGUCCUUCCCAACAGCCGAGUCCCAACAUCGACCCAGGAUCCAGGGGAACCUUUCACCUCCCCACCAUGGAGCUCAACGCCAGGCAUCAGACGGCCCUGUUACAGUUUACAGCCUGGUCAGGGGACCAAAGCUCAAAACAGCUUGCAGAACCCCUAUCCAAGAGGUCCACGGGAUGGGAAGCCAUCUCGAGAUGAUGAAUGGCCGCACAGUGGGAUUGUGGGAUUGCAGUCCUGUAGCCUUAUUCCAACUCGAUCCGCAAGGAUUGAAAGUGGCAUUCCAAGGUUAGAUCCGAAAGGAACCUUAAGAGAGACAAGGGUACCUCCAAGCGGCCAUGGAUCAUUAGAUACGGCUAAACACUCAACAAGUGUCCAGUUCAAAUGCAACAACCUCGUUCCCACUCAGGACAUCAGGGUUCCACAGCCAGAAGGGACAUUAGGGUUAAGCAAUCACCUCAAGCCGAGCCCCACUCAAUCACCGGAUUUGUCUCAAUGCACCAAACAAGACGAUGAACUUCCCACGCCAACACUGUACACCAAUCUCCAAAGAAGACUGCAGCGAGGAAGGUCAAGGGUCGCUCCGAGCCUAAACGAGGCUGGGCCACCACUGGGUCUGGGCGCCAAUCGAAGGAAGCAACAGGCCAACUCAAAACCCAUUGAGUGUUCGCGAACACCAAGAGAGGCGAAGAGAAGACAUCUUCAUGAAGUCUAUGCUCACUUUGCUCAUUUGAUCAAGCCUGGGUGUGGACUCAGGGAACACUGGGAGCCCAUUGAGAAAUACAUCAGUGAACAAUAUGAAAAAUUCCUGAAGGAAGAGGCCAACAUUGCUCGGAAGAAGAGAAUUCCAGACACCCGGGUGCAUUGCUGCCUGUACUUCAUCUCACCCACCGGCCACUCCUUGCGCCCCCUGGAUGUCGAGUUUAUGAAGCGGCUUGGAAAAAUAAUGAACAUCAUUCCUGUCAUCGCGAAGGCUGAUACGAUGACCCUGGAGGAGAGGCAUGAGUUUAAACUGAGGGUGCGGAAGGAGCUGGAGAGCAAUGGCAUUGAGUUCUACCCACAGAGGGAGUUUGACGAGGACAUGGAAGACAAGAUGGAAAACGACAAGAUCAGGGAGACCAUGCCGUUCGCCAUCAUUGGCAGUGACACGGAAUAUCAGAUCAACGGGAAGAGGGUGUUAGGGAGGAAAACCCCAUGGGGCAUCAUUGAGGUUGAGAAUGUGACUCAUUGUGAGUUCCCACUUCUCCGGGACCUCAUCGUUAGGACUCACCUCCAGGAUCUGAAGGAGGUGACACACAACAUUUUCUACGAGACAUAUCGGGCCAAGAGACUGAACGAAAAUGGAAAUCUUCCCUACCCCCUCUCCCUGUCUCUCCACAGGACUCACCUCCAGGAUCUGAAGGAGGUGACACACAACAUUUUCUACGAGACAUAUCGGGCCAAGAGACUGAACGAAAAUGGAAAUCUUGCCCAUGACACAGACGAAGCGCACGAGAGUAACCUCUGA